AUGAGAGGCAAGGGCACUUCUUCAGCAGUCAUUUCUCUCACCGACGGUUAUUACAACCUUGGAUCCUUCGGUCGAGUUGUCAGCAGUAGCAGCAAAGAUGCCCAGCUCUGGGCCAGUCGCGGCCUAACGUGGGCGUACGCAUUCAACCACGACGAAUCUGCACGAUGUUUCGAACGGGCUAUCAACUAUGACCCCUUUUGCGCGAUGGCGUAUUGGGGACUCGCCUUCGUCCUCGGCCCCAACUACAACAAGCCAUGGAAGGUGUUUGACGGCGAGGACCUGGCUAUCACGACGAAGCGGGCUCAUCAUACCAUCAUGCAGGCCAAGGCUCAUUCUGCUAAUGCAUCGCCUGUCGAAGUCGCUCUCAUCGAUGCGCUGAUCUGCCGAUACCCUCAAGAAAAGCCCUUAGAGGACUGCUCGAAGUGGAACGAGGACUACGCCCUUGCGAUGGAUGGAGUGCUCAAAGCUUUCCCCCACGAUCUGGACGUGGUUGCCCUUUGGGUGGAUGCCACGAUGAAUGUCACCCCUUGGAAGCUAUGGGACUACAAGACAGGAAAGCCCACUCCUGGAGCCAGAACUCUCGAGAUCAAAGACGUGAUGGAUCGUACCUUCAAGCUUGAGGGUUCCCUCCGACAUCCCGGCCUUCUCCAUCUGUAUAUUCACUUGAUGGAGAUGUCACCCACCCCGGAAGCAGCGCUCACAAUUGCAGAUAACCUGCGUGGUCUCGUCCCGGACGCGGGACACUUGGAGCAUAUGCCCACUCACUUGGACAUUCUCUGCGGGCAAUAUCGGCGCGCUAUCGCCUCAAACUCGGACGCUAUUCACGCCGACUCCAAAUACCUCGCAAAAGAAGGCCCACUCAAUUUCUAUACGCUCUAUCGAUCUCACGAUUACCACUUUAGGCUGUACGCCGCUAUGCUUUGCGGGCAAUCGAGGGUCGCGCUGCAGACGAUCGAAGAGCUUGAGUCGACGAUUUCCGAGGACCUUUUGCGAGUUAGAUCACCACCAAUGGCCGACUGGCUUGAAGGCUUCCUGGGUAUGCGGAUGCACGCACUCAUUCGUUUUGGAAAAUGGGAUGACAUCCUUCGCCUCAAGCUUCCAAACGACCCUAGACUCUACUGCACGACAGUUGCUAUGACUCACUACGCCAAAGGAGUUGCCCUUGCUGCGACGGGACGGGUUGGGGAAGCCGAGCAGGAGCGUCUGUUGUUCCUAGAAGCUCUGAAGCUUGUUCCGAUCUCGCGGACGGUUUUCAACAACACUUGCCAGGAGACCCUGGCCAUCGCGGAGGCAAUGCUCGACGGCGAGCUAGCGUACCGCAAGGGAGACUAUGAUGCCGCCUUCGCGCACCUGCGGAACUCCGUGGCGAGGGAUGACGCUCUACCGUACGACGAGCCUUGGGGCUGGAUGCAGCCAGCACGCCACGCGCUCGGGGCUUUGCUUCUGGAGCAAGGCCGCGUUGAGGAGGCAGCCUCUGUCUACAGCGCUGACCUUGGGAUCGAUGAGACAUUGCCGCGUGCGCAGAGACACCCGAACAACGUGUGGGCACUCCAUGGCUUCUAUGAGUGUCUUAUGAAGCUGGGUCGAAAAGAUGAGGCCAUGAUUUUGAAGCCUCAGUUGAACUUGGCUCUGGCUGUGGCAGACGUGCCAAUCAAAUCGUCGUGCUUCUGCAGACAGAAGACGGUUGAUUGA